AUGUCGAAACCAGACAUCAAGUCAUGGACCAAAACCAUCAACGAUCAGACAUACCUUAUCUCCACCGACAUCAAUCUCCACUCCCCAUCCUUCAUCAAUUCUGUCUUCGCCAUGGAGGAGAUGUACUGGGCCAAGCCCAUCGACCUCGAUGCAAUUGACCUUCUUCUUCGCAACUCCUGCACCCUUGGCCUGCAUCUCGUCAAUUCCUCAUCAACUUCACCAACCGCAUAUACACCUUCCGACGUCACUCAAAUCGGCAUCUCCCGCCUCAUCACUGACUACGUCACCUUCGCCUAUCUUACUGACGUGUUCAUCCUCCCGGAGCACCAAGACGGAGGCCUCGGCAAGUGGCUUAUUGCUAGCACGAAGGAAGUCGUGCUAGAGAUGAAAUUUUUGCGCCGUUUUAUGUUAUUGACCCGGUGUGGACCGGAAUAUAGGACUAUUCCUUUUUAUGAGAAAGAAUUGGGAAUGCAAGUGCAUGUCCCCGGAGUUGAGGGCCUUGUCACCAUGGUGAGGAAGAAGGAAGAGUAUCCAGAGGAGGAGAUGAGGUUGGGGAGGUGGGGGACGGUGUCUACAGUAGAGUAG